UCAAGCGACGAAACAGAGCUGCCAAUAAAACGAAGGGCUUUUGACAAACAGCUGAAACAUGAAAUUGCUGUGUAGUGCUUGAAGAUAACCAUUGUUCAUAUGGUGUUUUGCUGACAGUUGUAUUUAAUUUAACAUACUAUUUAUUUUCAUACGUUUUUGUCAUGUCAGUGAACAGAGAAGAAGUUCUAGCCGAUUUUCAGGCGUGUACAGGAAUAGAUGAUGUUGCAGAAGCAAUUCUGCAUUUGGAAGAAACUAACUGGGAUCUUUUGGGUGCUAUUAAUCGUGUGAUGCCCCAAGACACACAGACACUACCGUCAGAAGUGGAUCCUGAUGUUCAAAUGGUGGAAGAAGUGAAACGUCCACGUUCUGUGUCUACAAGAGUUACUCGCGCUAGCAGUUCUAAACUAUCGAGUGGUGCUAACAGUUCUCACCGUUUUCGUAUGCCAACGAGUAUCAGCGCCGAUGUCAUAUCUCUUCCUUCAACGUCUCAUGGUCGUGAAGCCAGAUCACUGAAUUUUCAUGUAUACUUCAGAGAGAGGGAUGCUAAACUCACAGUUUCAGAUACAGAUACUGUUGGUGAACUAAAAAGCACUAUAUUUGCACGUUUGGGAGUGCCAGUGUGUCAGCAGACUCUUCAAGGAUGGAAGAAUAAUCCAAAGUCUGAUUCAGUAACAUUAUCUAGCCUGAAUCUACCAAAAGAAAACACACUUUAUGUUAUUGUUCCAGACCUUGAAGACGGGUGUACUGCUGCAGAAGAGUCGAAAUUUGUUGAGAGACUGAUUCAGACGUACACUCUUAACAUUCAUGAUCAAACAAAUAAUAAAACUUACAAGCUAAAGUUCUUGGGCUCUAAAACUAUUCUUGAAGUGAAGACCGAUGUGUAUACUCUCACAGAUAUACCAGUGAGGCAUCAGGUGUGGAAAGGUUGGCCACCAAAUGUUGUAAAUGACAAAACGACAUUAGCAUGUUCUGGCAUAAAUUAUCCAUCCCAUGAUUUUGUUUUGGAGCGAGCAGCCUCUACAGCCAACAGUGAUAAGAGAAUUGUUGUUGAUCUGGUGGAGAGUGACAAUAGCUCAGCAGAAGAGUUUGAAGAUGCAUCAGAGACAUUUGCUGUUGAAGACGAUAUCUUCGUUGAUGUUGAAACUAAAAGAAUGCAGCCCUUAAUUCCAGAUAACGUAGAGGAUGAAACUGCUGCCUGCAUUCACUUUUGUGACCAGUUUACAAGUCGUUAUGGUUCGUCACAUCCAGACUUUUUCCCAGGAUCUUUGGAAGAUGCAAUUAAAGAAGCUUGUAUGAAACCUGCAAAAGAUCGGCGGCUGUUGGCUAUUUAUCUCCAUCACGAUGCAAGUGUCUUGACAAAUGUGUUCUGCACACAGCUUCUAGGAUAUGAAUCAGUUCUGCAGUGCCUGAGUAAUCACUUUGUUGUGUGGGGCUGGGACCUCACACAUGAAUCCAACAAACAAAAGUUUUUGGCAUCAGUUUCUAAGGCACUUGGGUCAGUUGCCGCAAUGACAAUCCGCAGCAUAGAUGUGGACACACUUCCUGUUUUGAUAAUUAUAAUGCGUAUGAGAUCUACAACAGACAUAUAUACAGUAGUGCAUGGCAAUAUUGGAGUAAAUGAACUACUUACAAGUUUAGUUCAAGCUGUAGAGGUAUUUACGGAGCAACAGCGAAUAGAUGUGAAGGAGGAAGAAGACCGAGCAGCUAGGGAACGUGUUAAAAUGGAGCAGGAUGCAGCUUACCAAGAAUCGUUAGCAGCUGAUAGAGCAAAAGAAGAAGCAAAACGCCGCCAGGAAUUAAUGGAGUCGAAAGAGAAAGAGAGAAAACAGAUAUUACGGCAAGAGAUAGAACUUAUUCGAGAAGCCUACCGUCUUGAAAUAGAAUCUCAGCUGCCGGAGGAACCAGAGGAAGAUUCUGGGGAAGAUAUAACAAAAAUAAGAUUCAGAUUGCCUAAAGGAGAAACUGCUGUUCGUCGAUUUCGGGCACGAGCACCUUUAAAGGUGUUACUUGAUUAUUUAGUGGUGCUAGGUUACCCUCCAGAUGAAUACAAAGUAUUAUCCAGCUGGCCACGAAGGGAUCUUACUGCAUUGGAUCCAAAAAAUACAUUACAAGAACUAAAACUUUAUCCACAAGAAACUGUGAUUUUAGAAGAACGAUGAAAUUUUUCACUGAAUAUGCCUUACAAUCUUUUUUUGUGAAGAAUUUUAAGUGGCUGAAAGGAAAGUAUCAUGAAUACUUGUUAUGAGGCCAAAUGUCAAUACUGUACAUAUUUAAGCUGGGAACACUCUGUUGCCCAAUAAUUUUUUGUUUGGGCUAACUUUCAUAAGUACAUAAAAUUAUACUUAGCUAUAAAAUCAUGUAUAUCUGCUCCACCACUUUUUUAUGUAAUGUUAUUUAUGAAACAAUUAGUUAUUUUUU